AUGUUGAAACUAUUAAUUAUAAUUCUACUAAUUAGUUUUAAUUACUCUAUUCAAGCACUUAGCAAAGAUGAUUUACUUGUUGUUGCGGUUGCUACAAAUAAGACAGAUGAAUAUCAACGUUUUAUUCGAUCAUUGAACGUCUAUGGUUUUAAAUAUGAGAUUUAUAAUCGUGAUCAAUCAUCAUCGACAGAUGAUGGGCAAUGGAUGAAGAUACUUCGAGAAAAUCUUGUUCGUUAUAAAGAUGAUAAAACAAAAGUUCUUCUAGUUACUGAUGCUUAUAAUGCAAUCUUUAGUCAAGGAUCAGAAUUUGUUCUUGAUAAAUUUGAAGCAUUAAAACCAGCUCGAAUUGUAUUUGGUGCAGAAGAUGUUUGUUGGCCUGAUGAACAAUUAAAAUAUGAUUAUCCAUUGGUUGAAGGUAAUGAAAAACGUUUUUUAAAUGCUGAUAGUUUUAUGGGAUAUGCAUCUGAUAUAUAUGAAAUGAUCUCAAGUCAAGAUGAAAUCAAAGAUGAACAAUUAUUUUUUACAAAACUUUUUCUUGAUGAAACAACUCGAAAUAAAUGGUCAGUUGUAAUUGAUAAAGGUGCUGAAAUUUUUAUGAAUUUAAAUGAUGCUAUUGAUGAACUUGAAUUACCUGUUAAUGGAGAUGAUGUUUAUGUACACAAUACUUGGACAAAUUCAACUCCAACUGUUAUUCAAGGAUAUGGUUCUGGCAAAAAAAGUUUGAAUUAUCUAAGUAAUUAUAUUGCUCGUACUUGGUCGCCAACAACUGGAUGUUUACAAAGUAAAGAAAAUGUAGUGGAUGUAACUCAAAUUGAUGAUCUUACAAAAUGGCCUAUGGUUUAUAUAGCUUUAUUUAUUGAAUAUCCUACACCAUUUCUUCGAGAAUAUUUUGAAAAAAUUAUGAAAAUUACCUAUCCAAAACAACGUAUGGGUGUUCUAAUUCAUAAUCACGUUGAGUAUCAUAAAAAUAUUACGGAGCAAUAUUUAAAAAAAUUCAAACAAGAUGAAUAUAAGUUUGUAAAAUAUUUGAAUGUCAAUGAUGAUAUGACUGAAGGUGAAGCUCGACAACAAGCAAUUCAUGAAUGUCAAGAAGAUAAAUGUGAUUAUCUCUUUGUUAUUGAUUCAAUUGUUCAUAUUGAUCAUCCAGAUACAUUAAUUGCAUUAAUAAAUAUCAAUCGAACUGUUGUUGCACCAAUGUUACUAAGACCAGGACAGACUUGGAGUAAUUUUUGGGGAGAUUAUUCUGAUGAAGGAUUUUACCUACGAUCGCCGGAUUAUAUGGAUUUUGUUAAUUAUAAUAAAAUGGGUCUUUUUAAUGUUCCGCAUAUUGCUCAUGCUUAUUUAAUUAAUGGAACAUUUCUUCAACAUUUUACACCGAAAUAUAUUGAUUCAGCA